AUGAGAGAUGCUGAUUGUGGCUGUCCAGCAUUCGUGCUGGUGGCUUUCGUGGUGGUGCUGGGGUGCUGGGGUGCUGGCGCCGGCGCUGGUGCUGGUGCUGGCUGUGGUGGCUGUUGUGGUGGUGGUGGUGUUGGCUUUGGUGGUGAUGGUGGUGGCGGUGGCAGCGGCGGCGGUGGCGGUGGAUGCUGCUUGUUGCCACAUGUUGCCGCUGUAGGCGAAGGUAGGCGAUGCCAGCCUGACAAGGUCAGAGAACCCCCCUGUAGCCGAAAAACAAGUCAUUACUUUGAGACUGAUGGAUGCUACAGAAAAAAGCCCCCCAGCAGAGCUACCGAUAGAAAUCCGCAAGCACUGCUAUUCUUCAAGUUUUCCAAGGAGCGGCCUGAGCAUCAGAGCCCGCCGAAGUGGCACAGAAGCCUCGGCAGAAGGGCAACAACUACCCAGAUACUAUCCAGAGAGCUUUCGGGGGCGAAGGCGCUGGUGGCGCUAUCGUCUGUGACGCUGCAGAAGCCAACAUCUCAGCCGAGCCAAGAAGAACCUCCGAGCUCUGCGCCGGCACGGGUCGUAUCCAUGGAGCGCUUGGCAGCCCUGGCAGUUCCAAAGCGGCGAAGAAGCAAAAGCGACGAGGAAGCAGCUCAGUGCACGCCAGAGGGGGCCGUGAGAAAGCCCGGCGACCGACCGGUGCGCAGAGCGAAAGAGGCCUCCGGCAAGGAGGCGAGAGCCGAGCUACCUCCAACUUCUGCAAAGCCGACGCCCACACCUGCGAGGAAUCGGGCGCCGGCCAGACACGGAAAUGGCGCUAGCAUCGAGCCUACCACGGACAAAGGCAAGGGCCCAUACCCCAGCCAGCGCGCUGGGAGCGAGCGCAGCCAGAAAUCCCCCACCCCCAAACCCAAAGCCACCCAGCCCCAGAACCAGAAGGAGCCAAACUCCUCGACUUCGGUCGCAUCUCCUCCGCAGCCCAAUUCUUCUGUCCCCGAAGAUGGCCCGCAGAGCCACAGUCCCUUGCAGCCGCAUGGUCUGGGAGGGGUCGAGACUUCGACUUCAAACACGAGCUUUGUGGCCGCCAACCAGCCCUUGGCGACUGAGCCCAAGGCGGAAGAGACUGGGGCAGAAGUCUCCGCUGAGGCGGAG